AUGGGGGAGACCUCCCCCUUGCGCAAGGCCGAAAUCCUCCGCACCCUUCCUGACGACGACGACGAAGCUGAUGUCCUUCUGGAGAGGGAGGAGCCGCCCGUGGUCGGGGGCUCCUCGAGACCCAAGACCAGCCCUCGGAGGAGGCCACCGGCCGAGGUUCCGACGAGGGGCAGGUCGGCGCUGAUCUCCCGAGGUGAUGCUUCUGCUCCGACACCGCCUGGAGCUGCUUCCGGCCCAUCUGCUGCCCCUUCUUCUGCUCCCGGAGCCCGUGCGCCUCAGGCUGCGAGGCUCUCAGGCUUCAAGCUUAACAAGCAGAGGGACUACACCGCGGUGGACCAAACGACGCCUGCGGCGAAGAAGAGGAAGGAGGAUACAACGAUACUGCCCGAGACCAAACCGCCUGUGGCAGCCGCACCUCCCUCCGUGGAGAAGGGGAGCGACGACGCUUGCACCUCUCCGGCUCGGUCGUCCUCACGAGGCCUGGGGGAGCAUCCUCGGGAGGAGUUAGCCCCCGUGGCCCCGUUGGCUCCGAAGGCGCCGGUGUCCGGCUCGGCUGCUGAGGUCCCCAAAGCUCAUGAGCCCCCAGUCUCCCAGGCUAUGGGCGCCGACCCCCGCCUGGUAGCCAGGCGCCUGGAGCUGGUCUGUGGCUGGCUUCACUCAGACGUAUCCGUUGGGGCGGCGCUGAACCAGGCGGCAGCCACCUCCGAGAAGGACAAGCAGGUCACUGCUCAGGCCUCAGCCGCUCGCGAGGCGGCGCUAAAAGAUGUCGAGGCCGCCCAGGAGCGCUGCCGGGUGCUGGAGGCCGAACUGAAGACUCUGCGCAACGAGCAUGCGGAAGAAGCUCGUGGCCGCAAGGCGGAGGAGGAGAAGAUGAAGGCCCGGGAGGAUGCCAUCAAGGGUCGCGACGCCCAGCUGGAGCAGUUGGCAAAGGCGCAGGCCGCGAAACGCAGCCGGCCGGAGAAGCUAGAGCAGGAGGUGGAGGCUGAGAAAGCCGAACUUGACACCAAGGCGAAGGUCCUGGCAGAGGACCGCGCGGCCUUCGAACUUCUCGAGGAGAGGUCCGCGUGGCUCUGCGGGCACUCUAUGAGAAGGGCUUGGAGGAGCCGCUGA